ACCCUAGCGCUCCUAGAAGCACAGUUUUACGAAAAGGCCAUAUAUUUCAAGGGAACGCACUGGCUUCCUCAGCCCCGAGCAUCCCCUCCCUCCUUUCACUCAAAAUCUCCGCUCAGGAUGUUGAAUAUUUCAAAGAGACUGGGCUCCAGCUUGCGUGGGUUCUCAUCCCUGGCUGGAAUAGCUGCGACAAAAAAAUUUGUGGCUGACGGAACAUUGCAGCAAAAGGUAUUUGCUCCUUAUACAAUAUACAAGGGCAAAGCUGCCCUCUCUGCUUCACCCACACUUCCAACAUUCAGUAAAUCAGAUUUCGGAGGUGUAAUGGUUGCUCGCAAAGGUGUUAUUAUGUUGACAUUCUUUCCAGCUAUUGGUGAGCGCAAAUAUGAUUGGGGAAAGAAGCAAGUAUUUGCUCUUUCAGCCACUGAGGUUGGAGCUUUGCUGAAUUUAGGUCCUGAUGAUUCCUGUGAAUUCUUCCAUGAUCCUUCAAUGCGACAAAGCAAUGCUGGUGAGGUUAGAAAAAGCUUGUCAGUUAAGGCACAUGGUGACAGCAGUGGUUAUUUUAUGUCUCUUAAUGUUGUGAAUAAUGUCCAAAAGACAAAUGAUCGGCUAACUGUUCCAGUUACUUGUGCUGAGUUUGCUGUCAUGCGAACAGCUUUCAGUUUUGCUUUGCCUCAUAUUUUGGGAUGGAAUCGGUAUCUUGAUCCUCAACAAACUAGGAUUAAUCAGAGGUCUUCAGGAAACGUUGCACAUUUUGCCGAGUCUGAAUGGGACAGAUGAUUCUAGAGUGAAUACUUGUUUGAUCUUGUAUUUUGCUGCUUCGCACAUUAGUUAUUUUAGUUUCACUCAAUGCUCUCAUCUGAAACAGGCAAAUCAACGUAUGAUUAGAAAUUCGGCUUUCAUGUGAUGGAUGACUUUCUGUAGUACAAAAAAUGGACCCAGACUUGAUUGGCAGAUUGAUCUUAUUUUCUUUAUCAAUUGCCUUUUCUUUCUAGGGAGUUAAAAAAUGGUAAGGGAUGAUAUCAGAGUGUUCUUGACUUCUUGUAACUCUUCAAAACUUCUAAAUGCUCAGCUUUUUUUUAGUUUCCCUA